AUGGGCAUUGCGUACGAAAACCCCUUUUUGAAGGAGUUCUAUGAGGGCGACGUGGGCCUGUCUGCUCAGAUUUGCCUCGACCGCUUCCAAAAGGCACUCACUGCCAGCAAGGAAGGUGGCGAGACUGCCAGUGCCAUCAUGCCCUACCUCCUACGCCGAAGUCUUGCUGAGGCAGAGGAAAAAUUCUCCAUCUGGACAUCCAACACCACGGCGCUCGGCACGGGCCAGGCAUCGCUCGAAUACCGGCUUCGCUUGCUCCCGGGGGAGCUUGCCAGUCUCGGAAUGACAAUAGACCGGAUAAGCUCGGAACUAGAAAGCUACAUCGCUGCCAUCGAUUCAGACUCCAAGCGUUCUACUUCCGACAGACUCUCAGAACAAUCCGAGGCACAGAAGGCCUCAUCAACAGGCGCGCAAGAGAACUCGGAUGCAGACAGCAACGAAGAGCCAGUCCCGGUGUCCGAGUUGUACGACUAUGAAGGUUCGAUGGGCUUUAUUAACAUAGAAAUCGAGAGCCUUUAUUUCUCGGCUGAGUAUAUAUGCAACGCUGCUGCCAUUAACCAAAGGAUCAUUGCCAAGCCUUGCAGCUUGAAUGAUUUUGAUCAGCGCCGCCUCUCGGUCUUCUGUCGACGGAUCCUCGCCCGUGACUUCCCGGGAAUAUCGUCCGAGCUGAGCGAUAGAAUGCACGGCACCAUGGUCGAGCGCUACCGGCGCCUCUUUCUCCGUACACAUACUAAUAAAGAGGCUAAAAGGCGACCGUUAAUGAUCUGGCACGAGGAGUAUCCCCUGACGCAUCUGCUACUUGAAAGACGAGACGGCAGCAAGCCCUCACUCUUUCGCAGGGCCCAGGGCUUGUAUUCAGUGGCCCAGAAGAUGCGUUUUCUGCUCGGUAAGUUGACGAGAUCUAGGCGGGAAGCGCCCCCGCACAACAUCGAAGCGCUCAUGCCGCGCCCUCCUGCGUGCUGCCGAGACGGGUCGGAUUUUACCUGUGACCUUUGCUCCAUGUCUUUGCCAAGCAAGACUGGCCUGCAUGAGGAACUGUGGUCGAUGCACGUCAACCGAGAUCUGGAAGCUUACGUCUGCCUCGUCGACGACUGCAACCAGCCGGAUAACCUAUACUCGUCCGCGGCGCAAUGGCUCUCCCACAUGUCGAACCAUUUUCACUACUGGCUCUGCCCCUUCUGCAGUGAGCCGGUGCAGCGUUUCGAUCACGAGGACGGCCUCGCGGAGCACUUCAAGGUCGAGCACAAGGAGCCCGACGAGUACAUACCAGACUAUCUCCCACUUUGUCGACGGGCCAAGGAAAUUGUCUUCCAAGACUGUCCCUUUUGCGACUACCCCCCAUCAGAGAACAUGGCAGAGCACGUCGCUUGCCACCUGCGGUACCUGGCGAUCGCGUCGAUCCCGUCAUACGGCGACGCGACGGCGCCGAGGCGCGACGAGGACGGGGACCGCGAGUCUGUAGCCUCGUCCGAAUCCUCUGUAGCCUCGUGCGAAGCUUCCGUGGCCUCUUGCGGAGCCUCCGCGGCGCGCCGGCUACGAUCUCGUCUUUGGGUCUUGCGGAGGCGCGGCCGAAUACGCGCAGGCGGCGACAAGGACGGCGACUCGCCCUUGGGGAGCGCCGUGGACUUGCCACUGUUUGAGAUGAUUGGGGACACUUGA